AUGGGGCCUCCGCUGCCAAAAUUACCAUUUCCGUUCCCAUUCCAGGUCGGGGUAGACAUUAUCAAGACACAGAGGCUCCACCCGAUUCUCAAGAGCCCCAAUGCAGCCCGUUUCCUCCGUCGCAUCCUAACGCCCAAGGAGCUCAUGGCCCGGCCAUUCAACAUUGACCUGAUUUUUGAAACCGACAAAUGGUACAGAUCCAAAUCCGAAGAUUCCUCCGAGAUGAAAAUGUGGCCCGAGAUAGAGAUAACGAACAGGACGCUCGAAUACGUUGCCGGAAGAUGGGCAGCGAAAGAGGCUGUCCUUAAAGCACACCCCUGGCGCUGGCUGUACUUCCACGACAUCGAAGUGUUGUCUGGCAGGAAAGGCGAACGAAAUGGCCCAGAGACGACAACAGCGGAGACGGUAGACCCAUUUUCGCCGCUGCAGCAAGCGCUAAAGCUGGAGCUGGAAAAACACAAUAGGCAGCUCGGGAAAUCCGCAAAGACCGCUGACGAGCUCGACGCCGAGCCCACGCUCGUCAAGGAGACGCUCGAGGAAGCCGGGCGGCAGCAGCACGGCAUAACACCCCCCUCAACACGAGGCGGACCGCCCGUGGUCACCGUCAUGGGCCACCGCGAAGGCGUCCCCGACCAGGAAGCACUCGUCAGCAUCAGCCAUGACGGCGGCUACGCGAUAGCCGUGUGCAUGGGUUUCGAUCCCAACCGCAUGGGCGUGUACAGCCCCAUCAAGAAUUCCAGGAGGAAGUAG